AUGCAGUGUCAUUUCUACCUCAUAGGCGAAGCCGUCGCCACAGCGCAGUGUCUCGAAGUGGACACCCUUUGGAAGUUCGAGGACCUCCAACGCGCAGUCGGUGGUGUAUUCCACGUUGUUCAGCCUACCGGCAUUUCUUUCCACACCUCCUCUAAUGAUACCUUGAAGACGGUGUCCGAGGUGCUCGCGGCCGCGACGUCCACCUCGCCCGUCGGCCUGCGCAUCGACGGUAACGCCGUGCAGGCACCACAGGGCCCGCCAGGCCUCCCGCUCGUUGGCAGCUUCUAUGAGAUUUAUCCGGACCACCUUGGCAAUCAUUACCGGCUGUUCCGCAAAUAUGGCCCUGUAAUCAAGACUACCAACAUGGGCAAGACGAUCUACCUGACGGACGAUCCGCAGGUAGCAGCAGCGUGUUUCGCCGAGUCAGCGUAUAUGACCAAGAAGAUCAAUUCCGAUCACCCACUCUGGGGCGUCAAAGACAACACAGCCAUCUUUAUCGGUGACACAGAGACGGAGAAUUGGCGGCUGGCGCACAAGUUCCUACCACCAGCUAUGGGGCCCAAAGCAGUGCGGCACUACACGGGGUUGAUGCAGGAGUGCGCGCGCAAGUCGUUGCCGGUUUUCGAUGAAUUGGACGUCCGGGACGAGUCCUGGAAUGUCUAUCAGUACAUGGUAAAAUUGGCAUCGCAGACCAUUGGCCGCUUCUCACUCGGCAAGGAUUUUGGCCACUUCGACGCCGUCGACAGCCCGCUGCACCCCAUCGUCACCAACAUUGCCAGUCUGCUCUCGCUCAACAAGAAAAUCACAGCCCGCGGCGAAUGGUAUCGCCACAUGCCCUUCGGCGACCCGGCCCGUUUGCGCCACGUCCAACACACCAUCUACUCGCUGCUGCAAGAGCAGGUCGACAAGGUGACGGCCGAGUCGCGCAGCACCGACGCGCCCAUGGCUGACGCCGCGUUGUCUGCUACCUGUGUCGUCGACUACCUGUUGCACGCGGUCGACGAGACAGGGGCACACUUCCCGCCGUCCCUAAUUCUGUCCAACAUGCUGAUUGUGACGGGGGCUGGUUUCACGACCACAUCGGCGCUGCUGUCAUGGCUGAUCUACUGCCUCGUCACGUACGAGGGUACGCAGGACCGGCUGUACGCGGAGCUGGUGGAAUACGGUAUUGUAGGCCCUGCUGGCGAGCGGAAUGAGACGGCCUGGACGCCGGAACUGGCACACAGCCUGCCGUACAUGGACCGGUUCGUUAAGGAGACGCAGCGACUGCACAAUGCCUCCUUCCAGCCUGGCCGCACAACAAAGACCGACGUCAUCCUCCCCGGCGGCUAUCUCCUUCCUCCCAAUAGCGUCAUCGUGCCAGCCCUAUAUGCCAUCCACACCAACCCCAAGGUCUGGCGUGAUCCCUUCCGUUUCGACCCGGACCGCUGGGACACGGACGAGGUUAAAAGCCGCCACCGCUGCGCCUAUGUACCGUUCGCAACGGGGCCGCGCGGCUGCAUCGGCUUCAAUUUUGCUUUGUUGGAGGUAAAGGUCCUGCUGGGCGAGCUGGUGAGUAGGUACGAGUUCGUUCGUGACGGCCAAGAGGCCAUCGAUUAUGACCCAGAGUUCCAGCUCAUUCGGCCUUUGAAUUUUUAUGUGCGGGCUAAGCGCCGCGCGUGA